AAUGAAGAAAUCCUUCUCUGAUUCAAGCCUUCAUACCUUGUUAGUGGUAUCAGAGCAUACCUUCUCUCACGAGAUCUCUGAUCCUAUGGCUACUCGUGACGAAACUCCCAACUCAGCAGCAUCCAAACACUUGGCCGUAACCAUGCUUGAACCCAACAUCACCGGGAAUCCAAUUUCCUUUAACUCUGCAGCUUUUCUCGUCAAACUCACACCCAACAACUAUCUCUCUUGGAAAGCUCAGUUCGUGUCGCUUUUUGGAGGCUAUGAACUUGAUGGUUUCCUUGACGGAUCUCAUCCUUGUCCUGUAGCAACUGAGCCCACCUACAGUCUGUGGGCACGCCAGGAUCAGCUCCUCCGUCAUGCCUUAAUUACCUCUGUUUCGGAGAACAUCACUCCUUACAUAGCUGCCGUUGCCAUUGCACAGCAAGCCUGGGAAACCUUAGCCAAACUUUAUGCCAAUUGUUCUCGCACACGGGUCAUAACCCUCAAGGAACGGCUCCAAACCAUGAAACGUGAUGGUCAUCCAGUCUCUGAGUAUCUUCGCUCUCUGAAAAUUGUGGCAGACGAGCUUGGCACCGUGGAUCGUCCACUGUCUGAUGAUGAUCUCACUGUUUAUAUACUCAAUGGACUAGGACCGGAGUUUCGGGAAAUUGCUGCAUCCCUCCGGACUCGCCCCUUUCCUACCUUUGGUCGACAAUCUCAAUGGCAUUCCCAACAACACUGUGGACGGGGAAGUUCUAAUCAAUCCAAUAGGCCCAAUCAGCAUCGACGUCGUGGACAAGGCCCAAGGUAUCCAACUCGGCCCACUGGAUUCACUUGCCAAUUAUGCGGACAUGCUGGACAUUUGGCUCGAAAUUGCCCCAGUUUUCGGGUCCAGUCCAUUGGCCCAAUGGCUAACUUUGCAUCCUCUUCAAAUGGUUUUCUUGAUGAUUGUUUGCUGGACUCCGGUGCUAAUAAUCAUGUUACAACAGACUUGGCCAACUUAGCACUUCAUUCUGAAUACAAUGGUCCUGAUGAACUGCAAAUUGGUGAUGGAACAGAGCACACCUUUCCUGCACCUUUUAAACACUCGUGUCUUCAACAACUUGAUUUCCUGUUGGAUAGCCUAGACGAUCUGCCAUCGCCACCUGCUGUCUCCGCUGUGGCUCCUCAUGAAUCUUUGGUUCACGAAGCUGUACCUCCUGCAACACCACACGAACCCACCUCCAUCACUUCUCCACCUCUCCCUCCACACUCCCCUGAGCCUAUCAUUGAGCCCAUUCCCCAACCUCAACCAUUGCCCCCUCCGGAGCCCAUUCGAAGUCACCCCAUGCUUACCCAUUCUCAAAAUAACAUCUUUAAGCCUAAAUUCAUCCACCAGGCCGUCUCCACCUCUCCUGUUCCCAUUUGUGAACCCACUUGUGUGACUCAAGCACUGAAAGAUCCCAAUUGGCAGAAGGCUAUGUCUGAGGGAUUUAGUGCUUUGGUUCGUCAAGGAACUUGGGAAAUAGUUCCUUCUACUCCUGAUCAGCACCUUAUUGGUUGUAAGUGGGUGUUUCGUAUUAAACGAGCCAAAGAUGGUAGCAUUGAACGCUACAAAGCACGCCUUGUUGCCAAAGGCUUUCAUCAACGUCCAAGUUUGGAUUACUCUAAUACUUUUAGUCCGGUGAUUAAGCCAACUACCAUUCGUACUGUGUUGUCUAUUGCUGUUAGCAGGAAUUGGCCUAUUCGUCAAUUGGAUGUCAACAAUGCCUUUUUGCAUGGGCUUCUUGAGGAAAAAUUGUUCAUGGCACAACCAGUUGGUUUUGUUGAUCCUGCUCUUCCUCAUCACGUGUGCCGGUUGCGGAAAUCUAUUUAUGGGUUAAAACAAGCUCUACGGGUGUGGUUUCAGGAACUCAAGCAGUUUAUUAUCUCUCAAGGUUUCUCCCAUUCUCGCUCCGAUUCCUCUUUGUUUGUUUAUCACCGAAAUUCGACCUGGAUUUAUUUCCUUGUUUAUGUGGAUGACAUCCUCAUUACUGGCAGUGAUCCCUCUGUUGUGUCUUCUCUGAUAAAUUGCAUGAGUACCAAAUUCUCCAUUAAAGAUUUGGGUACUCUUAGCUAUUUUCUUGGCAUUGAAGCAAUUCCCACCAGUGCAGGACUCUUCCUCUCUCAACACAAGUAUGUUAAUGAUCUCCUCCAUCGUUUUCGGAUGCAUGAGGCUAAGUCGGUUGCCACGCCACUUGCUACUAAUACUGGUCUGCAACUCCUCUCUGGCAUUGCUCUUUCCGAUGCUCAGUUUAUGCAUCGACCCACAGAGCUGCAUUGGCAAGCAACAAAACGACUUCUGCGGUACUUGCGCGGUACUUUGUUUCACGGGUUGCUUCUUCGACCUCAAUCUUCCCUCAACUUGCAUGCUUAUUCAGAUGCAGACUGGGCUGGCGAUCGGGAUACAAUGGUUAGCACCACUGGGUAUAUAGUUUUUCUUGGUCAGAAUCCGAUCUCUUGGCGAGCUGCAAAGCAAAAAGCUGUUGCUCAAAGCUCCACCGAGGCUGAAUAUCGUGCUCUCACUGCUACAGCCUCUAAAGUUGUCUGGAUUCGACAUUUGCUUGGUGAACUUGGGAUCUCUUGCUCCCCUUCUUCAGCCAUCUUUUGUGACAACAUUGGCGCCACCUAUCUUAGCUUAAAUCCUAUUAUGCACUCGCGCAUGAAGCACAUAGCUAUAGACUUGCAUUUUGUUCGGGAUUUAGUUGAUCAACGUGUUCUUCAUGUCUCCCACAUUGUGUCCCAAGAUCAGCUUGCUGAUGGGCUCACAAAGCCCCUCUCUUCCAUCCGGUUUUCUCACUUACGGUCCAAGAUCGGAGUUGCAAAUGGCACCAUUGUCUUGCGGGGGCGUAUUAAGGAAAGUAAAUCCCCUCCAUGAAGUCCUGGAUUGUCUCCAUGAAAUCCCAGAUUUAGAAGAUCUCGGAAUUGCAAUUGUAAAAGAUUUGGAAUUGUAAUAGUGUUUCCUAGUUGGAUUAGAUUCUGUAAUGUAUAAAUUGUACUGCUCCAUUCAAUAAUGAGACAAUGAAGAAAUCCUUCUCUGAUUCAAGCCUUCAUACCUUGUUAGCUCCAAGGUAUUUUCAUGGGCCAUGUUAUAGUGAUAUAAAGAAUUGUUAUCACC